AUGGCGAUCCCAGUGGGACGUACCCUUUUCAAAAAGAAGGAGGGCAUUCUGACUCUCACAAGUGACCAUCAGCUGGUCACUUGGACUCCUAAUUCAGGAGGCCCUGCCACAGUCUCACUAAACAUCAAUAACAUCACCAACCUCCAGCAGACCCCAGAUUCUUCACCAAAGGUUAUGCUCAAAAUCUUUGAAAGGGUUGGAGACGCAGAGCCUGCUACAUAUCUCUUUCACUUCAACACCGCCGAGGCCAAGGAUGAGGCAAAGGCUGUCAAAGAUCUGUUAUCCAGCCUGUUAGCUUCUACGCGCGGCAACGAUGCUUCUGUCCAAAAACCAUCCGGCGCAAGCGGUGGCUCUUCAACGCCAAACCCAGGCACUGGUAGUGGUUCCGCAUCCAUGGCCUUCGCCAGCGCUGUUAACUCACAGAAUGCUUCAUCCUCGCGCUGGUUCGAUGAUUCACAGCUCAAGAACGACAUCGAAUUGCAACAGUCGCUGAUGAGAAAAGACACAAGUCUGCAUCAAACAUACGUUGAAGCAAUGCAGACCAAGCCCGACUCCUUGUCAGGAGCCGCCUUUAAUUCACAGUUCUGGUCAACCCGGACAAAUCUUCUCCGAGCCCAUGCCAUUGAAAUAAACCAGAAGAAAGGAGCCUAUAAUGUUCUCUCAACUGUCAAACCCAAGACUGUUGAUGGCGAACUAAAGUUGAAUAUCAGCGUAGAGCAGGUGCAGAUGAUAUUCGCACAACAUCCUCUGAUCAAACGUGUAUACAACGAGAAUGUCCCCAAAAUAUCUGAAGCGGACUUCUGGUCCCGUUUCUUCCUCAGCAGACUUUCCAAAAAGCUACGCGGCGAGCGAGUCGCUGAGAACGACCCCAAUGACCCUUUGUUCGACAAAUAUGACCCUGCUGAGAAUACAGUUGCCUUUCAGAGCAAAAUCAUGGCAAACCAAGUACCGCAUUUUAUCGACAUCGAGGCCAACGAAGAGAAUCAAGGAGGCUUCAAAAGUGGAAACGCGAAGGAUGUCGAGAUGCGUCCUAGGGCCAAUAUACCAAUUGUGAAGACCCUCAAUAGUCUCAGUGAGAAGAUCAUGGCCAACGUUGCACCUUCUGAUGUCAACACUGAUGAUCCCGAUGGCGGUUACAACACUUAUGUCCAGCUGGCUUUGCGUGAUCUGAAGGGCGACGCGAAGGAGCAUCGUAUUAUGCUCAACGUGAAAGAACAGAACAAGUUCUUUUCAAAACAUGACUCUGCCCCCUCGAAACAAGCUGCGGUUUUCGAAAGACAAGUUCCUAGCGAAGUUCUGUUCGAGAUAGUGGGAGACCUUGAGACUCUUGAGAGCGAUGGUGCUGGCGGAAUAAAUAUACAGGCAGCAAUGGGAUUUGAUGAAGAAAGCGAAAGUGACGAAGACAUUCCCAAACGGCCACAUGUUGGAUCACGAUUCGCUCUAUUAGCUGCUGAUAAGGACAUCAUGAAGGGCGUACGCCAGCAACGCGCUCAAAAAUACGGCCACGAGACGGAUGCCGCUGAGCCCAUGGGACUCCCCGUUGAGGUUUCCCGCAAGUGCAGUCUUACCCACGCAACGACCAUCGAGUUUCUGCAUCAAUUCUGGAACGCAUUCCUCUCAGGAGACCCGGACCGCGCUGGUGAGUUACAGUACCUAGCCGAGUCUCUCGGCCGCUCACUGGCACGUAUCAACGCCGUUGCAGAGGAAGCCGACAAGGAACGCGAGGAAAUCAUUCGCAACCGAAAGAAAGAGAUCCGAGAUCAUUUCCAGCGGACCGGCAAGAAGAUUAGAUGGCGGUCAGACAAUGUCGGAGGCGGCAAAGCUGCCGUGAUUGCUUUGAUGCAACCAACUAUGAAUGCUUUGGAGAAGGCUCAAGCCGACUACUCGAGGGCUCUCGCAGCAGAAGGAAUACAGAUAUCGACUGAAGCAUGA